AUGUACGGGUGCAACACCUUCUUGUCACCAUCCCAUGAACCAGCGCAAACGCACACAAUGUCCCCCGAACAAACCGCCGCAUACCUCGCCCGUUUCCGCGACCGCAUCGCCACAAUCCGCCAAAACGUAACUGUCGUCUCCCUCAAAGGCAGGUUCACAAACCCCAUUCGCCGCAGAGAUAGUCUAGGUCGCCGGGGCGACAAUGCUCGUACGGCACUCUCUGCGUCGCUGGGUCUGUACUACACCGGCAUGGAUAAAUCGGAGGAAGAUCUGAGGGAUGUGAGUCCCGUGGGGUGGGGGGAUGGAGAGGGGGAGGGAGAGGGAGAGGGGGAUGUUGACUGUGAUGGAAGGUCUGAUAGCAUGGAACCCCUACGCCAACGAGAUCGCGACUCAAGUAGGGAGAACAUCAACGACGGGACGUGGGGUGGAGAAUGGGAGUUGGAUAUGGAUAGGGAGGAAGAGAGGUUGAUGAGGUCGGAACAUCGUAUCGCGGAGGAGAGGUUGCCGGUCGGGGAUGGAGAGGGAGAGCGGGAGAUGGAUCUGGGGGCUGGGGAGUGGAAUAGGGAGGUGGCAGAGGAAGAAGCGCAGGACGAAGAAGCGCAGAACGAAGAAGCGCAGGAAGAAGAAGCGCGGGACGAAGAAGCGCAGGACGAAGAACCACCCCAUACUGCUACCCAAGACGCCGAAAGCGAAGACGAAGAGCCACCCUAUCCCGGCAGCCAAGAAAACGAAGACUCCAUCUCCCUCCCCUCAAACCCCUACCCCGAAGACGACUUCCUCCUCCCCCUAACCCGACAACCCGCGCGAACCACACCUCCCCCGCCCUUCCCCUCCCCUCCCAACCUAAUCAUCCACCCAAACUCCUCGCCCGGACUAUCGAUUCCAUCCCCCGGACUAUCGAUACCAUCAAAUCCCUACCCAGAAGACGCACCGUCCUCACCAACCUCCUUCUCCCAGCCCCCUCAACCACCACCACCACCUCGACCCACACAAUCCCCCUCCCCAUACUACCGCGCUGUAACACCGCCUACACCGCACGCCCGCUUCCCGAUAUAUCCGAGUGAUAGGACGAUUUCGCCUAUUAGUCCGUUUAAUGCGAGCAGGCAUUUGAUUUCUGCGGAGGGGACGGCGUCGAGUCAGAGUUACCGGAUUGAUUAUCGACAAGAAGGAAAUCAUGGUUACAACAAUGAUGGUGAUGGUGUAGAAGGGGGGUAUACGUAUGCGCCUAAUCAUCCUUACCACGGUAUGGACGUAGAAGGGAUGAGAGAGUAUUGGCUUGGGCUUGAGGGGUAUCAUACGGAGAGUGAGCGCAAUUUGAGGAGGAGGGGGGAAGGGAGGGGGAGGAGACGGACGGUGUCUUCGCCUGUGCAGUAUGAUCCCGAGAGGGUGUUUGGGUCUGUAGGGGAGAGUUAUGAGGGUGGUGGAGGUGAGGGCGGAGAACGGGAGGAUGAGGUUAGGCGGCGGUAUUUGGACGCUUUGACUGGUGAAGAGAGAAGGAUGGCAGAGAACGAAGAAGACGAGGAGUUCGCCAUGAGGACUUCCUCUGGGGAAACCAAUGCAGGGAGAAAGAACAUGAUGAACCGGCUCCUAAGCACCUUUACCUGUCGACCCGGAACCGUCACACCACUACACACCACCAUCCCCAUACCAAACGAUACAAACACACCCACCACCCCAAAGAAAUACACCCUAGCCUACCUCUCCCACAAAAUAAACCGCACCCAAAAAAGACAAGAAGAAGCAAAACUCCGAGAACGCCUCAUGGCCCUCCGCCUAGCCGAACCAUCUGCGCCGCGAACCCACCACAUCAACAACAUCAACAACCCCACAGAAAUCCCCGUACUCAUCCCCAAACCCAAAGCGAAGAAGAGGAAAGACAGCACACAGCCCAAUCCACCUUCUCUUGUCCCGAACCUAGAAAGUCGGACGCAGAGUGUUAUUGGUCCGCCGGUUGGGCUUUCGCAGAUGAUUCAGAGGGCGCCGGGGAGUGUUAGGAGGUUGAAGGAGUUGAAGGGGAUGGAGAGAGCGGGCAGAGAGGACCCAGACAAGAGCACUCAGGUUCAAGUCUCAGCGACCGAUUGCGGCAAACGCAACUUGAAGAUCUACCUCUGCAACAGGAUGCAGCAAGGGAGAUACGGGAUUUGA